UGGCACAGCUCACCCCAGAGGAGGCUGCUACUGCCUGACUACAUGAUGACUAGGUGGGCUCUGCUCACGCUGAUGGUCCUGACAUUGGGCAGGACCCUGCUUGUCCCAGCAACCCCCACCCCAGGCUCCCAGCUCCUCCCUCAGAACCUUCCCCAGGCCACUGCCUGCCCUGUGACCUCGGAGAGCCCCUCAGCCAGCACCACGGCACCCUCCGCUGCGUGGGGCCACCCCAGCCCUGACCCCCACCCUGGCCCCCGCAUCGCCCUCUCGCUGGACGUCCCCCUUGGCCUCCUGCAGAUCUUACUGGAGCAGGCCCGGGCCAGGGCUGCGAGGGAGCAGGCUGCUGCCAAUGCCCACAUCCUCGCCCAGGUCGGCCGCCGCUGA